GUGGAGGCUCAUUCCUGCAGGGCACGUCGUCACGGUGACAAAAUGGAUUCCUUACCCAUGUCUAUGGACAGGGACUCCCUGCAGCAGCUACUAGGGGAGAUAGAUACUAUUCUUCUCGACUGUGAUGGGAGAAGCUGGCCAAGGCGGAGUAUAAUUGGUACUGUUAUGGGCGGAUAUAGCGCAUUAACUUGAGGGGACUCCAGCAAUAUCCCGGACACAAGUGCACAUAGUACUGCAGGACCCAGGAAGACUGAAAUACUUGAUGAGCAGGGUGAAACCACCAGGACGUGAAGCUACAGCUACAUAGGUGCAAACACAAAUGCAAACAGAUGGGAACUGAUAAGUGGUUAAACUUGGGGAUCCCAUUUAACCUUCCUGAGCUGACUUCACACCUGUGAAACAAUAAAGCCCUGCAGGACUUCUCAGUGUUGGUGUAUUGUGGCAAGGGGCCCAAGGCAUAGAUGUGGUGCCACGGGCCCAGGAGGUGGUCUCCAGGCUCAAGUCAAUGGGUAAAAAAGUGUUCCUUGUGACCAACAACUCCACAGUAACCCAAGAUGACUGCUACAGAAAAUGUAACACUCUUGGAUUCAGCGUUGAGAGGGAAUCCAUCAUUUGUGCUUCAUUUGUGUUGGCACAGUACCUGAAGGAGAUAAAUUUCCAGAAGAAGGUGUAUGUUGUGGGGGCAGCUGCCAUUGCCCAGGAGAUGCAGGAUGCUGGUAUUCGCUGCAUAGGUGUUGGGCCUGAGAGAAUAGGUGGGUCAAUAUAUGCUGCAUUGGCUGAGGGGAAGCUGGGCCUGGAUCCUGAUGUUGGAGCAGUGGCUGUUGGCUUUGAUCGGGAGUUUAGUUAUGACAAAUUGGUUCGUGCUGUCACUUACCUGGCCAACCCUGAGUGUCUGUUCCUGGCCACCAACACAGAUGAGAAGUACAUAGUGACUGGCACACCACUGCAUUUGCCUGCUGCUGGUAUUCUGGUGAGAGCCAUCGAGAAAGCCUCCAGCCGGCAAGCACAAGUGAUGGGCAAGCCAUCACCCACCAUCCUGUACAUGCUUCAGGCACGAUACGGUGUCCAGCCACAGAAGACACUGGUCAUUGGUGACACGCUGGCAUCUGACAUCAUGUUUGGAAAUGAGUGUGGGAUGUGGUCGGUGCUGGUGUUGACUGGGGUGGCCACCUUGCAGGACGCUCGGAACCUUUCCCUGGCCAACGACCCUCUUCUGCAGAAACAGAUUCCUCUUUUCUACUUGGAGUCUGUGGCUGAUAUCCUCACUCUCCUUGAUUCUGUAACCAAUAAUAAUGUGAAUGAAGAACAUUAGCUUUGUAAUGUUCUAACCUAAAAUAAAGUGGUGCACUACCAAAGAAACUUA